AUGUCCUCCAAAAAGGACGCCAUUGACGCCGGCCAGACAGCGCCCGAUCUAGAAAUCGUCGGAGACCAGGUGACAAUCCAUCCGUCCGGAUUCACUGGUGGCUCCGACAGCCAAGAAGAUGAUGCCAUCACCGAGCGCAAUCUGGUACAACACAUGGCACGAUUCCGCGAAAACCCGUUCGAUUUCUUACGUGAAGUCAGUCUAUUCGUGUCGGGGACUGGAUGGCGUGCAUACGAUUCGGUGAUCGGUCAACCGAUUUACUACCCCGGGUAUUCGGAUAACAUUAAGCGUUUGAUCGUGGAAAGCCCUUUACUACGGAACAAGGUGACAGAACUGGCGGAGGCGAGGCUACAGGUUGAACAAUCCGAGGGCUGGUAUGGUGAAACACCAGAUGCAGUGCAGAAAGCGAGAUCGCGCCGGAAGACCGAGAUUAUACAGAGCUUGCGGGAUGUGGUGGACAAAAUGAUGGAUAAUAUGAUUUGCAAAAUGGAUAGCAAUGCGUUCAUCCGUAGCGCAUAUUAUAUUGCCACCCAGCUCCUGACCCGAGCAUACCACCAAGGCAUUCACGUGUCCAGCGAGGAAGUCCUCCGGUUACGGUCUGUUGCACAAGCUGCAGCGGAAAAGAAACAAUCAAUUGUCUUUCUGCCCAACCACAAGUCCCACGUCGACUACGUGUCCUUGCAAGUGAUUUGCUAUCGACUCGGAAUAGCCUUGCCGAUUGUUGUCGCGGGAGACAACCUCAAUAUUCCCGCUGUCGGAGCGUUUCUGCAACAUGCAGGUGCGAUGUGGAUUCGCCGCAGCUUUGGUGACGAUCAACUGUAUACCACUUUGGUGCAGACGUAUAUUGAUGUCUUGUUGCAGCAAGGCUACAAUUUUGAAUGCUUCAUUGAGGGUGGUCGUUCACGUACAGGCAAAUUGCUUUCUCCAAAGUUCGGUAUCUUGAGCUUCAUCCUUGAUAGUCUGUUGUCUGGCCGCGUCAAGGACACUAUUAUAUGUCCUGUCAGCACACAAUACGACAAGGUGAUCGAAACAGAAUCAUAUAUCAGCGAGCUUUUAGGCCAGCCCAAGCAAAAAGAGAAUCUGGCAAACUUUCUCUCACAGUCGUCUGUUCUGUCGUUGAAGCUGGGCCGAGUUGACGUCCGCUUCCACGAACCAUGGAGCCUCAAAGAGUUUCUAGUACAACAAUUACAACGCAUUCAAGUGUCUCAAGCCCUGGGAUCUAGCAUUACAUUGAGUUACUCUGACAGAGGACGCGUUCUACGGGCGUUGGGCUACAGAGUCUUAUCAGACAUUAACGAAGUUUCCGUGAUGAUGCCUACUGCAUUGGUUGGUACAGUUCUACUUACCCUACGAGGAAGAGGUGUUGGUAAAACAGAGUUAGUCCGCAGGGUCGAAUGGCUCAGCGAACGAGUUCGCGUAAAGGGUGGUCGUGUAGCGCACUUUUAUCGUGCGCCCACCUCCCAAGUCGUUGAUCGCGCACUGGACGUUCUAGGCCCCAAGCUAGUUGGCGAAGUCACUGGUUUGGCAGAACCGACCUACUAUGCGGUUGAUCGAUUCCAACUCUCGUUCUAUCGCAAUAUGACGAUCCACUUAUUCAUACCCGAAGCUCUGGUUUCAGCCGCAAUGUAUACAAAGGUGAAGCAGGGAGGUGGUCCAGCGAAUCAGGAUAUCACAUAUGAGGCUCUACUAGACCAGGUCACAUUCCUUUCCCAGCUCUUCCGAGGCGAAUUCAUCUUCCCGCCAGAAGGUCUGAUUGCUAAUCUGGAAAAAUCUCUUUUUGGACUUGAAAAGGACGACGUCAUCAAAAUCACCAGAGACUCCUCUGGCACUAUUACAGCAGUCGGUCUCAGCGAUGCUGAGCGGCAAUGCGGAAGAGAAAAUUUCGAUUUCUACUGCUUCUUGAUUUGGCCAUUCAUUGAAGCUACAUGGCUCGGUGCUGUUUCGUUAAUGGGUCUCACACCUCCAUUAGACGGGCCGUCGGAUAUUUGGGUGGAUUUGAACAAAGCUCAGGAUAGUGCGCAGCGGCUUGGCAAAACCCUCUACCACCAAGGCGACCUCUCAUACUUCGAAGCCGUAAACAAGGAGUCAUUGAAAAAUGCCUAUCAAAGAUUCGCAGAAGAGGGCAUCAUUCUAGUGGCGCGGAGCAAGGAUCAACCCAGGACUCCUGCCACCAUUAGACUGGCCGCAGAGUGGACGCCAAAUCGCUGUCCAAAGACGGGGAAAUUAUCUGAUCGUGGCCGACUAUGGGAUUUCACAGAGAAGAUUGCUCAAUCGAGGCGCGAGGGCAAAAACCGUCGAGACGGAGCAACGGUCUCUUCCCGUGUCCUCUUCAUGACCGACAUUGUCGGCCGACAACUAUUCCAAAGCGCAACCCGCUCCGGCGAGACAGAACUGGAAUUCGGCAUCCGUUUCUCUCAAUCCAAGGCUGCUGCUGUUGUCGUCGCCAUGUUGCCAGUCAUCGCGGCUGUCCUCGUAGGAGCCCUACUUUCCUACUUUCUCAUCUUCCGCAGAAACUCUGGACCCCCUCUGCCUCCUGGUCCCAAACCUUUGCCUCUCGUCGGCAAUGUCUUGGACCUUCCUCCGAAGGGUGUGCCAGAAUACCAGCACUGGCUCACAUUCAAGGACAAAUAUGGCCCCCUUAGCUCAAUAACCAUCCUUGGGCAGACCCUCAUCAUUAUCCAAGACAGCAAGAUUGCGCAUGAUCUUCUCGAGAAGAAUUCGCAAAAGACUUCUGGACGACCUUACUUGCUAUUUGCGAGUAAACUAUGCGGGUUUGAGAUGCUUUUGCCGGGGAAACAGUACAAUACUGUGUUUAGGUUGCAUCGGAAAUUGAUCCAUCAGCAGAUUGGCACCAGGGCUGUUACCGAAAGGUUCCGCGAUAUUGAGGAUGUAGAGUCAAAGCGCAUUCUUUUGAGGACUUUGGCUGCCCCUAACGAUGUAUUUGAGCAUAUCAAGACCGAGGCGAGCGCUAUCAUCCUAAAACUCACAUAUGGAUACACGAUCGAAAAAGAUAUUGAAGACCCCCUGGUCAGCUUGAUCGAGCACAUGAUGGACAACUUUACCAAAGCAUUUAUCCCCAUGAAAUGGUCUGUGGACAUCUUCCCGUUCCUACGAUACCUCCCUGAAGUAUUCCCCGGCAUGUCAUGGAAAGCCACAGCCCGUAAAUGGCAUGCAAUCAACCGCAUGGUCAUAAACACCCCGUACGAAUUCGUCUUAAACCAGAUGGCCAAGGGCACAAAUCAACCAUCUUUCGUGUCGGCGCAUGUCGCAGAAUACCAAGAAAAGGGCGAGCAGAUUGCGAAAUCGGAACAAGACCACGAAACUGCUAUUAGAGAAGCGGCUGCAGCCGUGUAUGCCGGUGGUGCCGAUACCACAGUCACGGCCUUAAUUGUCUUUUUGCUAGCAAUGAUGAAGUUCCCCCACGUCCAGAAGAAGGCCCAAGCCGAAAUCGACGCUGCGAUUGGCGGUUAUCGAUUCCCUACCUUUGAAGACCGCGACAAACUUCCCUACGUCAGUGCCCUAAUCAAAGAAUUGUUACGUUGGUCCCCCGUUGUACCGGUCUGCGUUACCCACGUCACUACCGACGAGAUUGUCUAUGAUGGUUAUCGCAUCCCCAAGGGUUCGUACGUCCUUCCCUCUAUCUGGUGGUUUGCGCACGACCCCAAGACAUAUUCCGACCCCCUGACCUUUGACCCGGACCGAUACUUUGCCCCUCGCAACGAACCCGACCCAUCAAGCGACGUUUUUGGCUUCGGUCGCCGAAUUUGUCCUGGUCGCUACAUUGCGGAUGAGAGUCUAUUCAUGACUGUGUCUCGUCUUUUGACCGUUUUUGAUGUCAACAAGGUCCUCGAUGAUCAGGGCAAGGAGAUUGAGCCUGAAUGGGUGACUACACCUGGAUUGAUUAGUCGGCCGCACGAUUUCCCGUAUAGCAUUGUGCCGCGCAGUGACAGGCAUAGGCAGAUGAUUGUCGAUAUUGAGGCGGAGCAUCCGUGGGAGAAGAGCGAUGCCGACCUUCUCAAGGGACUUGAGAUUGAGCAUUAA